CCCUCUCUCUACCUGAGAGCAACGAGGAGUCGAAGAAGAAGAAAAGCGGGAAGAUCGUUUUCCGCGGCCAAGAUCUCCACCAGAGCCAGCCAAUCAUACGGGGCGGCCAUCGCUUUCCUCCACAUACUAAAUUGCCAAGGUUGUUACCAUGGAGGCCAAUGGUCAUGAUAAACCUAGCAGAGAAUAUAUUGGCAGAGAGUGCAAUGGUGUAAAGCCAGUCAGCAAUUUCGGUGAAGUUGAUCCGUGGACGGCAUGGGCGUACAGACCACGGACAAUCUCAUUGUUACUGAUGGGAACCUGCUUUUUAAUUUGGGCAAGUGGUGCUUUUAAUCCAGAAGGAAGCUUCUCUGCUGACCGCAUCUCAUCUGUGAAAAGGGGUGUCUUCGCAAUGAUUGCUGUUUUCUUGGCUUAUUCUUUUCUUCAGGCACCUUCAACUGUGCUCAUCAGACCACAUCCUGCGAUUUGGCGCCUGGUCCACGGGAUGGCAGUUGUUUACCUUGUAUCCCUCACUUUUUUGCUUUUCCAGACUCGUGAUGAUGCUAGGCAAUUUAUGAAGUAUCUUCACCCGGAUCUUGGUGUUGAAUUACCUGAAAGAUCUUAUGGAACUGACUGCCGCAUAUAUGUACCUGAUCAUCCAAAAAGCAGGUUUAACAAUGUUUAUGACAUCCUUUUUGACGAGUUUGUGAUUGCCCAUAUCCUUGGAUGGUGGGGAAAGGCUAUAAUGAUACGGAAUCAACCACUUCUAUGGGUGUUAUCAAUUGGCUUUGAGUUAAUGGAGCUGACUUUUCGUCAUAUGUUGCCAAAUUUUAACGAAUGCUGGUGGGAUAGCAUUGUUCUAGACAUAAUGAUCUGCAACUGGUUCGGUAUCUGGGCUGGAAUGAAGACAGUGAGAUACUUCGAUGGGAGGACAUAUGAAUGGGUUGGCUUAAGUCGCCAGCCCAAUAUUAUCAGCAAGGUGAAAAGGACACUAGGCCAGUUCACACCAGCACAGUGGGACAAAGAUGAGUGGUAUCCUCUGCUUGGUCCUUGGAGAUUCAUCCAAGUGCUAAGCUUGUGUGUAAUUUUCAUGACCAUCGAGCUAAACACAUUCUUUCUUAAAUUCUGCCUUUGGAUUCCUCCCCGGAACCCCUUGAUUGUUUACCGACUGGUCCUUUGGUGGUUGAUUGCGAUACCAACCAUCCGCGAAUACAAUACAUACUUGCAGGACAGGAAACCGGUAAAAAAGGUGGGGUCUUUUUGUUGGCUUUCGGUGGCUAUAUGCAUCAUAGAGCUUCUGAUCUGCAUCAAGUUUGGACAUGGCCUCUUUCCGAAGUCGAUGCCAUCGUGGUUGAUCAUAUUCUGGACGGCGGUGGCCUUGCUUCUCAUGAUGUUCAUUCUUGUGUGGACUUGGAAAAUUUACCGAACAAUGUUAAGAAAGAGGCUGUGAUUGCGACAACACGUUGUUUCUGCGGCCCACCAUUCUUUUUUUUCUCAAUUCAAUAUUGCCGUGUAAAUAUUUAUUCAAAUUCUGUACAUGCAGUAGCCAUUAAUCGGUGAUCAUGAGAAGAUUACCAUAAGCAAUUUUAUGUCGACCCGUCAGCAAAAUAAGAUCCCACUUCAUUCCAUUGAUGUAUCCUGCCAAUCAACUCUGAAACUCCUUUCGUGCAACCUACCUCUGAGACUCUGAGUCCA